AUGGCUAUAGAGGCGCCAAUGGUGUCUAGCAUAGUCCCACCGGACGAGCAACGAAUCCCUCGCUCUGCUCGCUUCAACGUCCAUUCACCUCGAGCGUCAAGCGAGAACAACAGGCCGAAAGCCGAAACCCCAGACUUAUAUGCCCUGACUCAAGAUUCGCCUCCGAGGCGGCAGCGGGACGAAAAGACGACACCGACCACCUUGCCGACACCCCUAGGCAUAGAAGAUACUAUAGCGCUGUUCAAGAAACGAUUGGAAGCUGCUCAGCAACACAAUGACCAGGUCCUGGAAAGUGAAGGCGUCACAGACGUCGUCAAGCCAAAAUUGACGCUCGAUAUUGGCCAUUCGAACUUGGCUCGACUCCCAGAGGCGGUGGUGGACGUGAUCAAAGACCACGUGGACCGCUUGUCGCUGUCGAACAACCAGAUAUGGCACAUGUCAGGGCGUUUCUCGGAGUGCAUACACCUGCGAUAUCUCAACGUCAGAUCCAACGUCUUUCGCGAUAUUCCCCGCGGCAUCUUCAAGCUCACAUCGCUCGAGAUUCUCGAUAUCAGCCGAAAUAAGAUCAGGAAGAUUUCGAGAGAUAUCCGCAAUUUGACCUCACUUCGUGUGUUAUCAAUCAUACACAACCGGAUCGACGACUUGCCCACGGACAUGUGUGACAUGAAUAUGCUGGAAAUGAUCAAGAUUGCUGACAAUCCGCUACGAUUCAAGCUGAAGAAGAUCAUCGAAGCAAAGGAGGCCGAGGUGCUGUUCUCAGAGUUGACGGAGCAAGAACGGGAAAAGUCCAUCACCGUCGAGAUCAAACGCUACCUUCGCGCGGCACAUCCUAUUGUGCCGCCAAUUGACGUUGAGGUUGCGCAGCAGUACGAGGAAAGUCCGAUGGAAACUCCCAAGCCAGCAAAGCGAAUACUGAGCAGUCGCUUCCCCGUCAUUCCAUCAAAUAAUACUAGUGAUGGGUCCUCGCCUCCAACAGGCACAUGGAACAACCCACCGCCUAUACCAACCCGAUCACACCAGCGAAUGGCGUCUGGGCAAAGCAUGGCACUCAAGAGACCUGGUAUUGCGCCAUUGAUAUCGAGCGACCGACUGCGCAGCAAUUCUGAAACGACAGUACAGAAUCCACGUACGAAGCGAAUGGGCAUGGCCCCCCUGGCCAAAGCGAAGCCUGGACUAGACUCGAUAGACGAAAGCAGAGCGAAUCGAAACAGCCAUCUCAGAGGCAUAAGUCACAAUUCUGCGCUAAGGAGAGGCGGCGUCCUCGCAUCGCCUGGCUUCAGCAAUGCUUCGUACAGUCCGAAUAGUCCUCGGGAUACUCGUGGCCGAAACAGAGUGAUCAAGCGACUAUCAAGUCUACCGGAGUAUAAGUUGGAGCAAGAGUGGCACAAUCCUGUCGUGCAAGGCGCUCGAGGCAUCCUGUACGCUCUCUAUCAGGUUCAUCCACAUAUUUCUGGACUCAUUCAGGCCAACCCCGCGCACGAGAGCAAGCGCUCAUCGAGCCUGGAAGCUAUCUUUUACUCUGCAGCUGCCAUGGUCGACCGCCUCAACGAGUCGUUAGAAUUCGCAGAUUCGAUCGAUCCCGAAGACGUCGAAGCUGUUGAGAAAGCAGAAGAAAUGGUACAAGAGGACUGCAGUCACUGCAUCACGGCAUACGUCCAGGUCGCUGCACGCCUACAGGACAGUCUCCGCCGGAUUGUGGCGGGCAGUGACCUUCGCUAUGUGCGUACUCUCAUGCUGCUUCUGUACGGUAGUAUCGCAGAGGUCAGAAACGCCGUGAGCAGUCUGGGCAUCGAUAUCAAGAUUGUCAGUCGCGGUCAUCAGCGGCAGAAGUCGAGUGGACACAAGCACUCUAUUCAGACCAUACCUGAAGAGAGCGCAGAUCAGGUUGAGAUUCGACGUUCAGCUACGCCGACCCAGGACGGCAUCGUCCACCAGCGACCUGGAAUGCGUCUCAGAAGCGAGACAACGAUCCAGCAUGGCGUCUCGGAACCGACCCAUCCACAAGCGAAUCCCUCGCUUGGUGCAAUCAAUCUCACAGGGACGACCGUGAACGGCACCAUCCACAGCAGCUCUUCCUCGUCGACCAUGAAUGGGACUACGACGCAGGGCAGUGCAUACGGAUCGAGGUCGAGGUCCAAUUCACGAACAAUGAACAGUGGGCCAGUCUCUCUAGCAUCGUCAGUCGCUAGCACGCCGAGAUCGGGCGAUGGCUUUCAUCUUCCACGGUCAACCUCGUACUUUGCUCGUGUAAACCCGUCGACAGGCAUGACCGAAAGCCAGGAGGAGUACACAUUCGGACAGAUCUUCAUGUCUCUGACCAGGUCUUACGAAGCGGCCUUAGCCGCAGUCCCUCUUGCUAAGGAACACUUCAGUCGGUGUGUUGAGACAUCAAAGGAUGGACAGCAGUCCAGAGCAAUCCAUGACCUCUGGGCAACUCUGGUCUAUCGAUGCAAGCAGUGCUACGAAGUCAGCGAAGCGUUGCAAUUGCGACUAACCAGCAUGCGGAUCAAAGACGAAGUAGGACGCAACGAUCCAUCCUUUUGGCUUCUUUGCAAGACCUUCCUGCAGAGUUUCGUUGACCUUGUGACAGAGAUGCGGGAAGUCAGGAGUCUGCGUCUACUACCACCGGAAUUGAUUGUCAUUUUGCGACCCGUGCAAAAGACCAGUCGGGAAGCAGGUCGCUUGAUUCAGCAAAGUCCUUGGAGCAACCUCACUGAUGGCGUUUCGACCAUGCCCGCGCCAACACCGUAUAGCUCGGUGAACGGUGCACCACCACCACUUCGAUCUGACAGCUAUGCCAACAACAUCCAAGGAGCGCCUGCGAGAAGCGACAGCUAUACCAAUCUGAAUGGCUACGGCAACGUGUCUCGCUUCCCAGCUAAAGAAUCAAUGACUUCUCAUGUACAACGGCCACAGUUGCACCACAUGCAUACAUCGCCGUCAAUUAUUUCGACGGCGCCUGCUGUGCAGCAGCCUGACUCGGCGUCGUCGGUGCCAUCUGCGUCAGCAUAUCCGGGCUUCGACCGCCUGGCAGGCCCGUCACCGUUGACAUCACCAUUACCAGCGACGCCGUUAUCAGCGGCGCUCGGGCCGGCUGCGGCAGCAACAGUGCCAACAUCAGGAUUCCCGACAGCCAUAUCCACUACCGGCAAUCCCAUGGCUGCCGCAUUAGCAGCCCAAGGUCCAGGAUGGACGAUCAAACCUCAACACAGGGAUAUCAACGGGGAUGAAAUGCCACCAACACCGGCCACAGCAAGCCUUGUACCACUAGGUGGGACCGAACGGAGCAACGCAAAUGGCUACGGAGGUGACCAUGUUUUCAGAGGAGAUGUAUUCCAACGAGCAGACACACUGCUAAGCAGUAUGAACAAUACAGGAGGGGGAAUGAACUGGAGUAUCCGAAGAUAA